AUGACGCAGGUCGCAUCGGUCGGGGUGCUCGCCGUCCUCCUCCUCGCAGCGCGCUCGUGCGGAGAGUCAUCGGAUGCACUGGCCGCGACCACGGCAUUGGGUUCCAAGAUCUUGCGCCGGGAGGCGUCAGGUGCGCGCCGGAAGGCCGUGUCUGUGUUGCCGUCAGGCGCAAUCCAGCGCACUAUUUUUGGGUCGAAGACGGCUCAGACCGACGCCGCAUCUUACUUGCAAGUGGGAAGGGUAGCCAGGCAAAACGGCCGCGAGGACGUAAACGGAGAGGCGAUGGUCGAUACACUGAGAGGGCCACUGGACACUGAGCGUCUCGCAGGCGACGUGGGCGACAAGGAGAGCCAGAGUGGCGAGGAAAACGAGCAACAGGUGGAUAAGGCAUCCGAAAAGGAGUCUGACGGGGCCGACACACUUGCAGAGGGCGAGCCUUGUCAAGUCAAGGGCGAGGACACACUGAAGUGCGCCACAGGACUUCACUGCGGGUGUUUGGCACUGAACCGUGGCCUUCGCGUCUGUCAGCGGCAAGGCCCAGCGGAGCUGCCCUUGUGGGCACAGAAGCUGCAGCGUAAGGGCCUUGCUUGCGAGACUCGUCUGCCCCACGGAGCCAAGCCCAUGCCCCAGACCCCAGUCAUCGACACCGGCGGCCAGGUCUUGAACCCAGUUCGCUCUCAGAAUCCUCACUUAGCGCGCUGGGCCACAGAGUCUGGCCGCGGCUACUACACGCAGUACGUCACGGUCACGAGGCGCGCAGGGAGCGGCGCAGCCCUGGGCGUCGCGAUCCUGGCCGGCGGCGACGUGGCACCCGAGAGGGUGCGCGAGGCCGCGUCAACGGUGAAGCAUCUGCUCUUGAGAGCCGCGAGGUCCACACCCUUCUCCAGCGGUUGGCUUGCGCGGGGGUCCGGCUCCUCAUCGCCGGUGGCGAGGGCGGCUGGCAGCAGCACCCCGAGGUGUCGCGAGAGUUCACCACGGGCCUGGGAGGUGGCGCUCCCUGGUUCCCCUCCACAGGGAUCAGUGCAAGCGAGCCAGCCAUCAUCCUGGCAGAGGAGCUCUUCCACACGAUCCAGUACACCGCCCUGA